UCACCACCAAUAGGAGAGAGCGAGGGCGAGGCGAAGGAUGGGAAUGAUGGCGUCUGCGGGAAUGGGACUACGGCGGCUCCUGGUGGCCGGUUCGAAAGUGAGCAGGAAGCGAGUGAUCACUUCUCUUCUCCCUGUAGCUUUUCCCAGACUUCAUUAUCAUGUGACACAACCUUGCAGCUACAUACCCCGGAGAGCUGUUCUCUAUGUGCCUGCAGAUGAUGUAAGAAAGAUACAGAAGAUUCCAACUCUCAACGUUGAUUGUGCAGUGCUAGAUUGUGAAGAUGGUGUUGCUCUAAAUAGAAAGGAAGAAGCUAGAAUAAAAACUGUGGAAGCCCUUGAGAACUUUGACUUCGGUCAGACGGAGAAGUGUGUUAGGAUCAAUUCAGUGUCUAGUGGUCUUGCAGAAGAAGAUAUGAAGGUCAUUUUGAAAUCCAAGAUUCUUCCUACUAGCCUGAUGCUCCCGAAGGUUGACAGCGUAGAAGAAAUAAAAUGGUUUAUAGAGAAAUGUGCAUGGCACUUACAAGGCCGAACACUCAUAGAGCCGAUCAAUUUCAUUCCUUUUGUGGAAACUGCAAUGGGUUUGCUCAAUUUUAAGGCUGUUUGUGAAGAAACUCUGAGAAGAGAACCACAGGUUGGCCUUCAUUUAGACGCUGUGGUAUUUGGAGGCGAGGAUUUUCGUGCCAGUAUAGGUUCAACAAGUAGUAAAGACACUCAUGAUAUUCUUUACGCACGGCAAAAAAUUAUUGUCACAGCAAAGGCUUUUGGUUUGCAGGCCAUAGACCUUGUCUUUAUAGAUUUCCAUGAUGAUGAUGGUCUACGUAAGCAAUCAAAAGAGGGUGCCUCAAUGGGUUUUACUGGUAAGCAGGUGAUCCACCCUAAUCAAGUUGCCAUUGUCCAGGAACAAUUCUCCCCAAGCCUUGAAAAAAUAAAGUGGGCAAAGGAACUGAUUACAGCUUUUGAAGAACAUCAGCAUGUAGGAAAGGGUGCCUUUACAUUCCAUGGCAGCAUGAUAGACAUGCCAUUACUGAAACAGGCCCAAAAUAUUCUUACACUUGCUACUGCCAUCAAGAAAAAAUAAGCUGCUAAAUAAACUUUUCCCGAAGAGUGAUUCCAGGAGCUGCUUCAAGAAAAAUUACGUAAUACUGAGAGAGAGAAUAGUGCAAUGUUUCAUAUUUCAAUUGAAUUCAGAAUACAUGUCAAACAACUUUGGUCUACUUUUUGUACUGAAUGAGAAUGCUAAGAUUGGAGCCUGUUUCCUAUGACAAAUGAGUUGUGACAGACCUGAAAGCAAAACUGUUUUCUUUGGAAAAGCGACCAAUUAAAAUCAAUCAGUGAUGUGGACAAACAGACUUCAAUUAAUAUUUGACUCAGAAUUUUUUUUUUGUGAAGAGCAGAGUUGCCAAGGGAGGAAAAAGUUCUUUAUCUUUCGUGGGUAUGUAGAAAAGGGGCCCUUGGCAAGCAUAUUUUGUUAUGCAAUGAAGAAAAGAACUGCUCUUUGCUUAAAAUUCUCUUUUCUACAUAACAAGAAGUCUUAAGAGAGGUCUUUGGUAGUUUCAGAGACUUGACACAUACAGUAUGAAGGAAUCCAUAGACAUUCCUUCCUCAACUUCUAUUCAUUUUGCUUUAAGAGUUAUACUUUUUUCCUUUGCUUUAAGAGUUAUAUUUUCUCCUAAAAAACAUUUUCUGGCACUGUUCUGUGUAACUUUUAAAGGCAGAAUCUCUUCUCUGACUAGAUUUCCAGCUUAGCUUCUUUCAAGAUGUAUUGCUUUUAGAAUAAUUAAUCUAAAUUAACAAUUGUGGUCCAAUGGAUUUUGCUGCCUGCAAUAGAAAGUGCAAGCUCGAAACCAUUUAAUAUGGAUUACAAAACUUCUCAAGAGGUUUGUAGUUAAAACAUUUGUAUGCAUCAACUAGGAGUUCAAACUAUCUCCUGUAUCUUUUUUCAGAUGUUUUAGAAAAUUAAAUAAUUAUAAGUUUUCCCAUUUCACUGUGCAGAGACAACUGUCAUGUGGACCUCUUCCCACCUAAAUGAACACCUUCUAUUUUUUUUCAAGUGCAAUUGGAUGCAUGAUUUAUAAACGUGGAGUUUGGUAAAUCCCUGUAAUCCUAAGUGCCUAUGGAGAAGGGAUUUAUCAAAAGUGCUUUUUAAAAAGCAUCUCACUGUUGAAUCAGACCACUAGUUUUUCUUCAACAUGCUCUGCACUGAUUUAGUAUCAUCACAAAGGGUGAGAACAGAGGAAUUAGACAUUGUAAAUUUUAGAAAGCUUUUUUUCCCUUAACACUCAAUGAUAGUGCUACUUGAAUCUCUGCAGAUAGCCUUAUUACAGCAUUUUCAGCCCUGCAGAAAUCUGUUUUGAAUGUGACCUUAAAUGAAGGGCAUAGUUACCAUGCCUUUUAUGAGCAUAUUAGUAAAGUCUGGUUUUAAAUUAGUAUGAGAAGAAAACUGGGUGUAAUUCCUCAGAAUGAUUAAUCCAAAAUUGCAAUUUGUGUAUGUAUUUAGAAGGAUUCAUGGCAGAAUUAUAGGUCCAUAGACCAAAUAGAUACCUGAUUUUUCAGACUCAAAUUGUCCUCAUGCACUGGUGACCCAUUUCCAUUCACUUCAAAAAAGAUCAUUCCAGCUCAACUAGAGAUAUUUCUAACAGAACUGAACACAGAAAGAGAUUUAUCUAACUGGCAAUGAACAGCCUUUGGUUCAGUCCUGGGCAUGGCUGAGAAAGAUUCCCCUUGUGAAACUAAAGGAUAGUAUACUGUUGAGAUAUGCAGAGAUAAUAUACUGUUGAGAUGA